AUGCAAAGUAUCAAACACCAGGGAACAUCUGCAUUCAAUUCUAACCCAAGUGGAUACCAGGUUUUCAGAAACGUCAAAGACUUCGGGGCCAAGGGCGAUGGAUUUACCGAUGAUACUGUUGCUAUCAACAACGCUAUCACGGCUGGAUCGCGGUGCGGUGGUGGAACGUGUGCUUCAUCUACGCUUACUCCCGCUGUUGUAUUCUUUCCCCAAGGAACAUACAUCAUUUCAGCCCCCAUUAUUGCAUACUACUAUACACAAUUAAUAGGCGAUGCAAAAAAUCCCCCAACUCUUCGUGCAACAUCAAGCUUUAAUGGAAUUGCAGUCAUCGACGCCGAUCCAUAUAUACCAGGAGGCAAUGGCGCACAAUUCUAUGUCAAUCAAAACAAUUUCUUCAGGUCUGUCAGAAACUUCGUCAUCGAUGUUCGGCAAGUCCCCGCUACUGCAUCUCAAGGAACCGGUCUCCAUUGGCAAGCUUCUCAGUCUACGUCCUUGAUCAACGUUGUUGUGGAAAUGUCCACUGCCCCUAACACAGCUCAUCAAGGCAUCUUCAUGGAAAACGGAAGUGGUGGCUUCAUGGGUGAUCUCGUUUUCAACGGAGGAAAGUUCGGAAUGUGGGUUGGAAAUCAGCAAUUCACGGUUCGAAACGUCACCGUCAAUAACGCGCAAAGCGGAAUUUUCAGCGUCUGGAACUGGGGCUGGACUUAUCAAGGAAUUACGAUUAAUAAUUGCCAGGUCGGAUUUGAUGUAGCUACCGGUGGUGUUGCUGCGGGUGAUCAGACAUCUGGUGCCAUUGCCAUCAUCGACGCGACAAUUCACAAUACACCCAUCUUUGUGCGCACUUCUACGGCCAGCAAUGGAAAGCUUGAUGGAUCAAUCGUGAUUAAUAACGCGAUGCUCACCAACGUGAGCAUCGCUGUUGGUGUACAGGGAGGGGCCACGUUACUUGCCGGUGGCACCACCACAAUUACUUCUUGGGGACAAGGAAAUGUUUAUAAAGGCAGCAAUGGCGGAUUUAUACAAGGGACCAUUGUAUCAGCUAACAAGCCUUCGCCAUUGUUGGAUUCGUCAGGCAAAAUAUUCGGUCGCACUCAUCCUCAAUACGCAAACUUCGCCGUUAGCCAAUUCGUUAGUGUAAAAGACAACGGGGCGAAAGGUGACGGAAAGACGGACGAUACUGCAGCGAUCACGGCUAUCUUCCAAAAGUUUUCAGGGUGCAAAAUCAUCUUCUUCGAUGCUGGGACUUAUAUUGUCACUUCAACAAUCACCAUUCCCGCAGGCACUCAAAUAGUGGGUGAAGCCUGGUCCGUUAUCGCUGGCAAGGGAUCAGCAUUUCAAAAUCAGAAUAGUCCUACGCCUGUGGUUAAAGUCGGAGAAUCUAAUUCUCAAGGCAUUGUUGAGAUUACUGAUAUGCUCUUCACAACAAUCGGUCCAGCUGCGGGUGCGAUUGUUGUGGAAUGGAACGUAAAACAACCCUCGGGCACGACAGGUGGCGCAGGCAUGUGGGAUUCACAUAUCAGACUGGGUGGAGCUGCUGGUACAAACCUGGAGCCAACUCAGUGUCCUCGCGGUGCAACCCCAUCAUCAAAUUGUGCAGCAGCCUUCCUAGCUCUUCAUCUCACCCCUGCCUCGACUGCAUACUUGGAGGGAACAUGGGUUUGGCUUGCAGACCAUGAUAUUGAUGGAGAUGGUUCAACACAAGUUCAAAUUUAUUCUGGGAGAGGUAUCUUAUCCGAAUCUGCUGGACCCGUCUGGAUGAUAGGAACCGCUGAACAUCAUGUUCUUUAUCAAUAUAAUCUGGCCAACGCAAAGAACCAUUACAUGGGGCUAAUUCAAACUGAAACCCCAUACUUCCAACCGAACCCUGCCCCUCCCACGCCAUUUUCAGCGAAUUCUGCAUUCCACGAUCCGCCCUCGGCACCAGCACUUUCUUCCGCAUGGGCACUCAACGUUCAGGGAUCUACAGACAUCAUCGUUUUCGGUGCCGGGCUAUACAGUUUCUUUCAGGAUUUUACUCAAACCUGUUUAAACAGCAAUAGCUGUCAAUCACAAAUUUUAAAUAUCGAUACCACAUCGUCGGUGACCAUAUACAGUCUGUCAACAGUGGCAACCACUUUCCAGAUCAGCAUUGGGCAAAACGGUAUUAUAAAUCAAAGUGCCAAUGCUAAUGGUUUUGCAUCAACUGUAACUGCUUGGAGCAGGUCGUAA